UUCACAAAUCCUAACCUAAAAACACAAAUAUCUUUAAAAUGACUUUCAUUGAUUUUCCCGAUGAAAACGAAAGGAAAGAAAAAGCAGAAAAGCCAGAAACACCAAAACCACAGCAACCCUCACCAAAUGAAAGUCAAUGGGGCUACGAUUUGUACCCAGAUCGUAGUAGACCGGUGAAAUCGGAGCUUACUUUGAGCUCCUUUCUAAAAGGACAAGGAAAGGAAAACUUGGAUAAAAUAAAAUGUGAAAGGAACGUUUAUAAGUGCGUUAAAAAGAGUCCGCUUGUUAAAUUAAUGUUGGGGGCUUUAAAGGGUUCGGGAUGUGAGAUUGAUAUUAGAAGACACAUUGCUUGUGAAGAAUGUUCACCAAACGUUAGUGGUGGGUAUGAUCCUAUAUUAAAUCAAGUUGUCAUAUGUCACAACACAGCAACAAGUGAAGGUGUAGUACAGGGAGUUUUGACACAUGAGUUAAUACACAUGUUUGAUUAUUGCCGAAACAAGUUGAACUUUAAGAACAUUGAUCAUUUGGCAUGUACAGAAAUAAGGGCGGCCAAUUUGGCGCACUGCAGUUUCUUAUCUGCAUGGACCAAUGGUGAUGCAUCUCCAUUUAAGAUUAAGCAAGCCCAUCAGGAUUGUGUUAAAAGUAAAGCUUUAAGUUCAGUUAUGGCUGUAAGGAACGUUACCAAGUUAGAGGCUAUUGAUGCUAUUGAAAGGGUUUUUCCUAAAUGUUAUCCAGAUUUGGAACCAAUUGGAAGGAGGUUGAGGAGGAAUUCAGAUGAUAUGUACAAAGCCUAUGAAGAAGCUUUUUAUUAUGGAUAUGAUAAUAAAUAAUUUUGUAUAUUUUGUUAGAUUGUAAGUAAUUGGAAAAUAUAUAACUUGUUACA